AUGAUCAAGAGUGUAGUGUGGAGGCUAUCAACAGAGAUAUUGAAAGAAGAAGGGUUAGACUUAGAAAACGAAGAAGAAGAGUUAUUAUGUGAAAGGGUGGUUAAGGUUGUGGAGAAUGGGAUAUCUUAUAUGAACUCGUUGGAUGGGCAAAAGACAGGGUUUUAUGUGGAUCAGCGUGAAAACCGUGAAUUUAUAUCUACCAUUUCGGAUGGUCAAAGAGUGCUUGCCAUGUGCUGCUAUACUGGUGGCUUUGCUCUAAAUGCUGUACAUGGUCAUGCUUUGGAAGUCACUGGUGUUGAUACGUCAUCUCCUACUUUGGAAGUAGCUAACCAUAAUGUCAUUCUCAACAAUCUAGAUCCAGGGAAGAUAUCAUUCCUGAAACAAGAUGUGGACAUGUCAAGUUCCAAAAUAAUUACAGUUGUAUCCAUUCGACCAAAAUGGCAUGCCAAUCUCAAAGUUGUUAGUCUUUUUGUUCUGGUUCACAUUUUCAUGUCACAAGGAGAAAGUUUCCCGAAUCUUCAUGGACAACUUGAUGUGACAAGGUUCCUCUAG